AUGAAUAACACUUUCUCGUCAUGGCUAAAAUGGGCACUCCUACUGGUAUACACACUGACAAGUGAUGGCACAAAAAUACAUGUUAAGAGAAAAAAAAUUUUGUUCCCCUCUUUUACACAAAAUGGUAACCUCAUAACGGGAAGAGACAAUCACUUACCUUCACACACGUUGGUGCGCAGACGAAAAGACUCCUUUCACCUGUUCAAGAGGGAGGACACCCGGUUGAAAUUAUCCCAGGAGGAUAACAUAGGUAAGGGAAGUGGCUCCUUAAAUUGCCUAAACGGAUUGAUAGAAUCCGUCUUACAUAAGAAAUACGAAUAUAAAAACAGCUUGAAGGAGCCCACUUUUACCAUCUCCCAUUUGGCUAGCCAUUUUAUGAACAACUCGGUAAAUUUACAAAAUGUACAAUUCGAUGAACAAAACAGGGAUAAAUAUACCUAUGAGAAAAAUAGAAUUGGCGAUUUUCUCGCAGAGCACAACAUAAAGGUUGGUGAAAAUUUUGGACAUCUUUCCCACGUCGAUACGAAUGUUCCACCGAAUGAAGAUCAAUCCAGUGGAAGCAUCAAAAAGGACAACAUUAAUCACACCCCAAAUGGUGAUAACGAAAGUGACCUCAAUCAUGAAAACAAUAUCCUCUGCUUGACGGCGAAAAAUAAAAUUAAAAAGGAAGGGGUCAUAUGCAGCAUACCGAGUUCAUACAUAAUUCACUAUGACUACAUCGUGAAGCAAAUUCGAAAAUACGUGGACCUUUUUUCCAGCACUUAUAACGUAAACUAUAUAAAAUACAUUUUUAAAAACAACAUGGAAGAGGAGAUAAAAGAACUACCCUCCCUUACCAUCCUACUAUAUGACAUUUACAAAAGGCACGUCCACUUUUUAUCCUUCAUGAAGUCACCACUUAUUUUUUUAAAAUUCUGGGACGUGAAAUUAACACUCAUAAUAAUGUAUGUCCACUUCGUUUCGAAAUAUGUGACUAUUCUGCUUCAUGCAUAUAAUUUUAACAACACCUUUUUUCUUCUUCUUGGGGAUUAUUUCGCCGAAAGGGAGAAGCCGAAUGGGGUAACUGGCAAAAAUUCGACGGGCAGUGAAGACCAAAGGGAUGAUAACACAAAGAACAGCUACCCCUGUAACGCUAACGCAGAAGAGAAACCACGGAAGGCACACCCCACACACAUAGACCAAACAAACUUCGCCCUUACCCAAAAAACAAAUGACACACUUAAAGAGAAGACCAAUUUUUUCUUCUAUAAAAAUUACGAACAUUACAUCAACUAUAUUGUUAAUAAAAAACGUCUGUCCCAUUUGCCCCUACUUUUCUCAGACUCCUCUUUCCAUCUUUUCAACAACAUGAAUAUAAAAAAUAUAAUUUAUUUUAGGAGGCAAAUGCUGCACGAAAUAUUAAAUUUACUUAAGGGUGAAGAACAUGGGGACUCCAACUUUUUAUUCAUUGACAAAAAUGCCAUACGCAGAAUUUUAUUCACUAACAAUAAGUAUUACCAACGGAUUGAGAAUUUCCUACCCUGUGCUGACAACCCCCUUUGGGAGGAGAAACGAGAAUCUCGCCAGGACAUGUCACCUGACCGCACGGCAGAUAUUAACAGGUUGUAUCACUUCGCGUUGCUGGUAGGGGAGGGAAACCAAAACGGACAGGACAACCACCCAAAUGGAGGACUACCGCCCAGCGCACCAAGUGAAUCCAUCAGCCAAGCUAUUCAAUCCAUCGCGUACACGGAAUCCCUAUUCGAAUCGUUGGACAAUUUCGUCAAUUACAACUUCCUGAUGAGAAUAUAUUCGUACGUCUCUUCGCAUGCCAUAAAAGUGAAGGGCAACGUAACUCAAAAUGGGGAGCAUUCAGCGGAGGGGGGAAAUAAAAUAAAUCAAAAAGAUCAAAUAGAUCAAAAAGAUCAAAUAGAAGAAGGCGAAAAUAACCCAAACGACAAUGAACACUAUGAGCUCAAGGACAACAUCCUCAGCAGCAACGUCAAAAUGGAAAAGGUGGAGAAGGCCAUCCAUCAGAUCACCGUAAAGGAAUGCGCUAAGCACGAUUUCAACCAAUAUGAGAAAGCCGAAAAGGAGGAAGAAAACAAAUACAUGUGUCUAAUACCAAUUAUAGACAUCUGUAACCAUAGCAAUUUCGACAACAACUGUAUUAUCAAAAAGGAAAUAAAAAAAAGUGCAGAAGGUGGGUUGCACAUUGGGGGAGAUUCCAAGAUGGAUUCCCAUUCUGGGGAUGACCGCAAUCGAACGAACGAAAUGAAGAAAAUUUUUAGGGAGACCCACAUUGAGUAUACGCCAAAAGAAGACCAUCCUCCGGAAGAGCAACCACCAAUUAGCAAUUUAGAUAAUGUCCAAUUAAUCAGCUCAAAAGAUAUAGACAUCGGUGAAGAAAUCACCAUAAGUUACGGCAACCUGAGCAAUGACCUCCUUCUCCUAGAAUACGGAUUUGUUGAUAAGCAAAACACAAAAGUGUACUUCCAUUUCGAUGUGAAAAUUGUUCGAGAAAUAGUUAUACAAAUAUUAGGAUUUGAUAUGUUACCACUAACCAUGUUAGAAAGUCUACCACGGAUUAAGGUGGAUUUAUUUAAAAAGCUUAAUAUUAUCCAGAACAAUGAAAAUCUGUAUGAACGAUUUGAUGUUAACAGCAUGGAGAGCGCAAAAAUUACGAGAAAAAAAAAGGAAAUACUAAACGAUUAUGUAAGGAAAAAUAUAUAUUUCAACGAGUACAACAUUUUUACCAUGAAAGAUCGUAUUAACAAAUUUUACAUCGAAGAAAAACUCCAACAUUCACAGAAGAAAAAUUACCUAUACAUAGGCACAGAAUUUAUUGUAGACCCAAUCCUACUAGCCACAAUGAGAGUUAUCAUAUAUGAUGACUUAAACCACCUCGCCAAGGUAAAGGUAACAGACCUGCUCAAAUGGGAACAUUACUUGUCACCCCUAUCCGAAGUAGUUGUGUUGCAAAUUCUAAUCAAAUUAAUCGAUGAAAUUAUAUAUGAACAAUUCUACCAUAUCAAUUAUGAAGAAAUAUUAAAGAAGGGAAAGGUCCAAUAUGCCGAUUUGAAAUUUUUACAGAAUAAAUUUCUCGAAAAAGAUUUGUUCGACUCGGAGAAAUCCAUAGACGUAUCACACAGUAACAACUUUAAAAUCGUCAUUUAUAAUAUCAUGAAGCUGAAGGAGCUGCAAAAUGCGAGAAGCAAGCUUACAGAAAAGUUGAAGCAAAUGAAGGAGCUCGUCAAGGUCUAA